GAGAAAUGAGGAAUUCGAUUUGCUGUUGCUGGCAUCUUGGCGGUAGAAAAUACGGUGGUUUUCUUUUUAUUUUUCUUUACAUGAUUCAAUUUCCUUUACCUUUCUUCGGCAUCUCACAGCGUUAGGAUCUCAAUGAGUUGAGUGUUACAGACUUGCAGCUAACAAUACUGCCAGACUAGUUACAAAUUCGUUAUGCAUUAAUUGGAUUUGUUAGUUUACCAAUUAUAGUCGAUCAUGUGAUUUAUAUCGAUGGACAGGGGGACCGUGAGGAGGCGUCAGAGUGGAGGCAGAUAGAGUGCUCUGCCUCUGCCUCCAGACUAAUCUUAAUAACUGAUAGAAUUUGUGUUGUACUGGAAGAAUUGUGUGAAGGCAUCUCUGGUUUUUGUUACUUCUUUAUGGGAUCAGAAGCUCCCGCUAUGGCAGCCGAGGAAGUCAAUAUGUUAGAAGGAACAUCAAAAACCAGUUCUUGUCCUGGUAAAAAGAACCAAGGGAAAAUUCCCAAAAGAAUUCACAAGGCUGAAAGGGAGAAAAUGAAGCGUGAGCAUCUGAAUGAUCUCUUUGUCGAUCUUGCCAAUGCUCUUGAACUAGGUCAGCAAAACAAUGGAAAGGCGUCCAUAUUGUGUGAAGCCACUAAGCUGCUAAGGGACCUGCUCGGUCAGAUUGAGGCCCUUGAGAAGGAGAAUGUGUCUCUGCUGUCUGAAUCACAUUACGUUACCAUGGAGAAGAAUGAGCUGCAGGAGGAAAAUUCUGAUCUAGAAACACAAAUAGAGAAACUUCAAGGCGAGAUAGAAGCACGAGUAGCACAAUCUAAACCUGACCUAAAUGCACCUCCUCCAACAGAAGAACUUGAGCCACCAGAGCAAACAAUUUUUCCUAGAGAGUGUCUCCAAUUGCCUACCGUUGAUCCUACAUUGCAACAAGGACCCGCGGUAGUAGUUGUCCCCUUUCGUCCCCAGCUUCAACCUUCUUUUCCCACCCCAAACAUCACUGAGCUCACUUCAAACUCCAUUGUUAGUAAACCUCAUGCCAGGUAUCCAACCCCUGCAGACUCAUGGCCAUCGCAGUUGCUUGGAGAGCAGCCAACAUCAAGCUAAGAGAAGUUGAACGUGCAGAGUUUUAUUUUCACUGGUUAUUGGCUGCACCUGUAGAGUUAGUUCAUUCCAAAUCAGCAACCACACUUGGAGCCUUCGUACAUAGACUGUUAAUUAGAUGUGUCUCUAGAUCUGUGUCACUCACUCAUUUGUUUAAUGAUGGAAUUAACUCUCGACUCGAGCUUUUGGUCCUGUCCCUAGUGGCUGCUUGAGGCGGAAUGAUUUCUUGAAAAAGGAGGCAUAAGUAAAGAACCCUGUUACGGGCAA